AUGGCUCCCAGAUUCAAGCUGAUCAAGUUAGUGGCAGGCACUGCCAUCACUGGAGGCAGUUGCAUAGUACUUUUUGCAUCCUAUAUCACGUCCGACAUCCAUUUCGUCCCCUUGUCCGCCACGGACCCUAUCUUCCACUCGAAACACCUCCAGGAAUACAACCCCAAUGGCAAUCCCACCAUCCAUGACUUGCAUAUUGCUAGAGUCCCUUUGACUCAAAUCCAUCCUCGGCUUCUCGAGGAUCCGAACAAGCUUCUGGAACGAUAUUGCGGAGGAAUAUGGGCGGGAGCUGGCUUUGCCCCACAGAGAAUCCUCCACACAUGGUUCGACCGAGGCGAGUCGAGCUCUCCCCAGCUAUGGUCUACUUCUGAGCUUCUCCAGUCGGACUACAAGGUAGGAACCGAUAUUGCGGGCAAUUUUGAAGUGGUCAAUCGUUCCAACGAGUCGAUUCUGAUCCGGGCCGGGGACAAAACCUCGAACAAAGGGUUGCGUCCUCUUGACGCUCUGAUCGAGGUUGGCUCGCACAUCGAUAGAGAGAAUAAUGUGGCCGUGUUUGAGUUUAAGUCGCUGUUCUUCCAAGGUAUCGGGACGACGAGCAAUCCCCCUAUGCCGGGGCCUAUCGUGUGGUUGCAUGAGCUUUACGCGAAGAUCCUUUUGAAAUCCGGUGUCCAGCAUGUCCUUAGAUAG